CCCAGCCAGUUAGAAAGUCGCCGAGGGGCACAACCUUUUGCAAUUCUGAAGUAGUUACAAGCAUGACUCAGCGGCCAAGUUAUCCAUCACCACCACCUGGUCCACAACAGCGCCGUCCACCAAGUGUUUCGGCCCCUAUUCGAAAAAAGAAAUUCGCAGGUAUUUCAGAAAUAUCAGAAAAGCUUGCAUUGAACGCUGCUGCUGUUGCUUCAUCUGCUAAUACUAACGAUAAGUCAGCAACAGCACAUUCCCACAACAAAGGAAUGCCUGGACCACAAGGUGUGAAUGAUAUGAAAACUACGAACAGUAGGAUGAGUAAUAGGAUGCGGAGGAAGGAAGAAAAUAAAGAGAAAGUGGCGUUGUCCUUCCAGAUCAACGGGGGUCAGAAGAUUAUCUCAUUGUCACAACUCAAGAAACACGAUCAGCGAAUUCGAAGACUUCAACCUAUUUCACAGAAGCAAAAACCACGCACUAAAGCUGCUGUCAAACAUAUACCAAGAACUGCUCCUCUUCCUUCCCCAGCUAAUUUGGCAUUUUCAUCCACUCCCCCCAGAACAUCUCAUAAAUUUCUGAAAGGUAAUAAGUCAUCAACCAAAGCCUCGGUAUUCAAGACACCUCUUCAGAGACAAAGAAAUUGUAAAUUUGCACCGGUUGUACCCUCGCUCGUCAAAUUCCAUAAUCCUCCAAGCUCUUCUAAUAAUGCUGAUAAAGAGGUUCAUGAAGUUCUUACGGAAUCAUUAGAAUUAGUAUCACUGCAGGAACCAGAAAUAUUGCGACUCUCGUGCUCAAUUAAUAUUGCAGAUCAACAAAUUCACAUUCCGACAGUCAGCAAGAUGACCAAAGUUGAAAACGAAAUUGACACUCAGGCUGAUGGCAUGUCACCUGAGGAAGCCCCCGUGCAUGACGAUGAAAAACAUCUCCCUGAAGUUCAAAGCAAUAAUAAUGAAAUCUUAAUUUCAGACACGGCCACACCGAUUAUCAAUACGGUUACACCAGACCAACCCCAAGCAAACUGUGCUAAUGAGGCCGAAACUAAUGAAACAAGAAAUUUAGAAACUCUUGAUGAUACAUUAUUAACAAGCGAUGCUCACACCAUUUGCAACGAGCUCUUCUUGCAUGGUUCCAACCCCAAGCAAAAUUAUAAAAAAUCUGCAUGUGCAGAAGAUGAGCAUACCAAGGAUACUAGUAGACGCGUACUGCGAUCAAACAAAAACGUAUUUGACCAUCAGCAGAAUUCGAAAGGCUUUGAAGAAAAGGACGCACCUCAAGUUCCAACACGAGAUAGCCAAUUGUUUCUUCCCCCACCAGCUUGCACUUGUCAACCACAUGGCUCACAAAAAGUUGCAAUCUCAAAAAAGUGUCCGGUGCAUAGUUAUAAAUUAGUGCAUGCGUGCAAGGAGGAACCGGAAAUCAUUCUGGAAGCAGAAGCAUCUACCACCCCUGUUGCAAGCAGCUCAUCAAGAGUUCAUGACGCUGAUAAAAAUGAAGCCAAAGUUCCACAAGAAGAACUAGAAUUUUUAUUCAGGCAAGUUCUGGGCUUUUGCCCAAAAGAGUUUUAUGCAAAUGCAGACACAGGCUUUCAAGACGGAAAUAAUACAGCCAUCAAAAUGCCUAUGGAUUUGGUUACCGUUUUUAAGAUGCUUCAAGAAGACAAGAUUGAGACAAUGGCCGACUUACAAAGGAAUCUUAUGCUUGCCUUUACAAACGGAAUAUUUGUAAUGAACUCUAAUGAACAUCCUAUUGUGAAGAAAGCUCACAGUGCGAUUCUAUCUUUGAGAAAACUUUUUUUGGAAUACGCAACGAAUCAAAUACUACAUGAGAGAUAUUCCCAGUUUCAAGAGACAGGCUUGGUAGUUUUGCCCUUAUCAGAGAUUGAAGAGCAAAUGAAUCCAAAAGCAGGCAAUCGUCCUCUGUCACCAGACAUCACGGAUCUCCCACUACGAAGACGAAAGGGAAAAAAUAAAUAAAAAAUAAAUAAGUAGAGAAGUGAUUUUAUUGUAAAAUUCAAAAUUGUGCCCGUGUUUAGCUUCAGUUUCCUUUACAUAUAUUUGAUGCAUAAAAGAGCAUCUAAUGAUGGCAUCUGCACAUAUCCAGACGUAACUAAUACACUAAUUUUCCUUUAAUAUAUAAAAUGGGUUCAUGCUUAUCUCUGUAUAUUUUGGUCAAUAAAAUUGUGCAACUUGUACAGCAAAUCA